GCCUAUCAGCCACUUCUCUCUAUGUAAAUGACCGGCUUCUCAGCCACACGUGAAGGAGGAAGCCCAGGGCCAUUCAGAAAACCCAGCUGUGCUGAGCAAGGCACCGUGAAACAGCAGCGCCAGCCUCCAGAGUCCCAGGCCCCGGCUCCCAGCCAUGCCCUGGCAGCUCCCUGCAGCGAUGGUGCUCUUCCUGUCCCUGGCCGUGAUUUUGCAUCAUGGCAGUCAAGUAAGAGCAACAGGGUUUCCAGAAAUCACAGACUCUUCUCAACCUACAAGAGCAGCAACAGUACAGGCCACAGCAAAACCUUCUUUCCUGAAACGGACUAGCCAAGUGCCUCACAGAACUACAUCUGCAAGUUCAACGGAUGGUCACGUCUCCUCUCAAACAGCUGCCACAACCUCCAACUCUGAGACCCCAACGACACACACAACAAUAAAAACUCUAACAACAACCUCUCUGCUAACUACAAACAGCACCCCAUCCACCAGCCCAAAAAUCCACACUCUAGUCACAACCCUGGCCACACCCAACAACUCACACACGGCUGCUCCUGUCACCGAGGCUACAAUCGGCCCCAGUACAGCUCCUGGUUCACUGCCCCCCACCAUCACCCCACCAGCCCAUACAACUAGAUCCAACCCAUCGACUGUCAGCCACACAACUGGGAAGACCACCCAACCCAGUAGCCAGACCACCCUUCCAGCAACUUUGUCCACCUCACCACACAUCAACACAACCAGUCAGAAGCCCACUCAGCCCACCCAUGCCCUGGUCACAACCACAGCUGCACACAAUGCCACCCACACAGCCUCGCCUGCCACCAUAGCUCCAGGACCCACCCUGGCACCUCAGCCAUCACCAGCCAAGACUGGAAUUUAUCAAGUUCUAAAUGGAAGCAGGCUCUGUAUCAAAGCAGAGAUGGGGAUACAGCUGAUGGUUCAAGACACGGAGUCGGUUUUUUCACCUGAGAGAUACUUCAACAUCGACCCCAAUGCAACUCAAGCCUCUGGGAACUGUGGCUUCCGAAAUUCCAACCUUCUCUUGAACUUCCAGGGCGGAUUUGUGAACCUGACAUUCACCAAGGAUGAAAACUCAUAUUAUAUCAAUGAAGUGGGAGCCUAUUUGACCAUCUCAAAUCCAGAGAAAAUUUACCAAGGAAUGAAGAGCUCUGUGAUGAUGUUUGAGACGGUGAUCGGGCAUUCCUUCAAGUGUGUGACUGAGCAGAGCAUCCAGCUGUCAGCCCACCUUCAACUGAAGACAAUGAAUGUCCAACUUCAAGCCUUCGAUUUCGAAGAUGACCACUUUGGAAAUGUGGACGAGUGUUCCUCUGACUACACAAUUGUCCUUCCCGUGAUUGGGGCCAUCGUGCUGGGUCUCUGCGCUGUGGGUUUGAUUGUCUAUGGAAUCCGCCUAAGGCGUGAAUCAUCUGGAUACCAGAGAAUCUAAUGGGUGCCCAGGGGAAAGAAAAGAAUGGAGCUUAGAGAAUUCUUUCAUCGUUUCCAGGGUACUGGGGGCUUCCCUUAGAGUGUUGGUCCUUCCAGCAAUGUCAACCACCUCUCACAAAAACUGAGUCAUUUCUGAUUUAACUUCAAGCAGCACAUCAAUUUCUAAGAUUUUUUUUCAUUUUAUGUAAGAUCUAGUGAACUGUUUAAGAGUAUUUCCUAGUUUCCUUCCAAAUAUUUUAACCAUUCAAGGUCAACAUUUGAGAUAUGUUAAAUUAGCAUGAUUUAUGUAAAGUGGUAUAUGCCUCCAAUUUACCAAAGCAUCAAGUGUAAUGAAUGCUACCUGUGUUCACAUUGGGGAUUUUAUUCUAUCCUUGAUUUUUUCCAUUUAAAAAAAAAUGCCUCUUUUUGUCUAUAAAAAUGGAACCACAAUAUUUUACUGCUUAUGUUUUAUAUGACAAACAUAUGCCUGGCAAUCUACUAAAUCCUUCCCACUUUAAAUGGCCUAUCAAAAAGAACAUUUUACAGGUAGCCUAGGUGGUUUAUCUGACACCAGCAGAGGAACAAAUCAGCUUUCCUUUUUAUCAGGAUGACUUCUGUUCCACAAUCACUAAAGACUAAGAAUUAGAUAGCUAUGAACAACAGAAUAAAAUAACAAGCAAGAAAUAGCAAUAAUGACCCUUAAUUAUUGAACAUAUAUGUGCCAGACACUAGGUACACAUAAUUUAAUUUAUGUAAUUUACAUCACUUAAUUCUCAUGGUUCCUAGAACAGUAAACUCAGAUUGAACAAAAUUAAUCACUUAAAUGCCACCCAGCUGACAGGUGGCAGAGCCAGGAUUAGACUUCCCGUUGGUCUAGUACCAAGGUCUCCCGUGUUUUCACUACACCAAGUUGCCUACAGGAACAAAUGAUGCUAAGUGCUGCC